UGCAGGGGAGUAAAUCACGGAAAAGCCGUUUGAGAGCGCGACAGGGCUUACAGCGCAAACACCGGAAUUGUGAUGCGCACGAGCCCUUCCUUAUCCUCUUCUUCUCUUUCCUCUUCUUUUUCUUCCUCUUCGCUGGAAAUUGUAUGGAAUCACUGUGAUUGUUGUUAUUGUUGUUGUGGUGGUGCUGGUUGUGCUUCACACUGUUCCGGCUCCCGUCACCGUUACUUACACCGCAUCCGGGUCGUCUGUUGUCGCCGUGAAGUGGAAAACACUAUAACAACGGUCACCGACACCGGCGGCGGACCUGCCUCCCUUCUCUCCGUCUCUCUGUGUGUGUGUCUGCCUCAAACCGUACCACAGAAGCAGCAGAAAAAAAGAAAACAGUUGCAAGCCACUGGUCUCUUCCUUCACCCUCACUCUGACUCUGCCGAGCCGAACACAAACUAAAACAGAAACCAACACAAAAGAUGAGUUCAUAUUUCGUCAACUCGCUCUUCUCCAAAUAUAAAAGCGGGGACUCGUUACGUCCGAACUACUACGAGUGCGGGUUCGCGCAAGACCUGGCUGGCAGCCGGCCCACGGUGGUGUACGGCCCGGGCUCCGGCGCCACCUUCCAGCACGCUCCGCAAAUCCAGGACUUCUACCACCACAGCGCCUCGACGCUGCCCAGCAACCCAUACCAGCAGAGCCCAUGCGCGGUCACAUGCCACGGUGAACCGGGCAACUUCUACGGAUACGACGCCUUGCAGCGACAGACGCUUUUCGGGGCCCAGGACGCGGAUCUGGUCCAGUACAGCGACUGUAAGCUGGGAGGAGCGCCGGGACUCAGCAGCGAGGACGCGGAGGGCACUGAGCAGAGUCCAUCGCCGACGCAGCUCUUCCCUUGGAUGAGGCCGCAAGUAGCUGCGGGCAGGAGGCGGGGUCGCCAAACCUACAGCCGCUACCAGACACUCGAGCUGGAGAAGGAGUUCCUGUUCAACCCCUACCUGACCCGGAAACGCCGUAUCGAGGUGUCGCACGCGCUGGCGCUGACCGAGCGGCAGGUGAAGAUCUGGUUCCAGAACAGGAGGAUGAAAUGGAAGAAGGAGAACAACAAGGACAAAUUUCCCAGCAGCAAGAGCGAGCAGGAGGCAGUGGAGAGGGAGAGGAGGGAGAAGGAGCUGCGGGACGGCGGCAGCGGCGGAGGUGGUGGUGGAGGAGGAGGAAGUGGAGAAGGAGGUGGUGGAGGAGGCUCAGUGGCUGGCACGGCGGGGUCACAGGCCUCUGUGAAUGAUGAUUGCUGCGAGAAAAGCCACAAGCAAAUGUAG